GAUGUAGUAGCGUAUCAUCGUUCCAUCGUUGUUGACUCCGACUCCGAAAGCUGCUGAAGCUCUUGCUACACAGGCUCAGCGGGUCCAGUCCACCGCAGCAGGACCUAAGCUUUGUUGCACCAUGCUAAGUCCUCUGUUUCGAGCCCAUGGCCUCCUGGUGGCCUCACACCCAUGGGAGGUGAUUGUUGGCACUAUCACCCUCACCAUCUGCAUGUUGUCCAUGAACAUGUUUACCGGCAACGAUCAAAUCUGCGGCUGGAAUCUGGACUGCCCCAAAACAGAAGAGGAAAUUCUAAGCAGUGACAUCAUCAUCCUGACCAUCACUCGUUGUAUAGCCAUUGUCUACAUAUAUUUUCAGUUCCAGAGCUUAAGACAACUGGGGUCCAAAUACAUUCUAGGAAUCGCUGGUCUUUUUACCAUUUUUUCCAGUUUCGUGUUCAGCACAGUUGUUAUUCACUUUUUUGAUAAGGAGCUCACUGGCCUCAACGAGGCGCUGCCCUUUUUCUUGCUUCUCAUUGACCUUUCCAAGGCCUGCACCCUUGCCAAGUUUGCCUUAAGCUCCAAUUCUCAGGAUGAAGUGAGGGAAAACAUUGGAACUGGUAUGGCUGUACUCGGCCCUACCUUCACUUUAGAUGCUCUGGUGGAGUGCUUACUCAUUGGAGUAGGAACCAUGUCAGGUGUGAAACAGUUGGAAAUCAUGUGUGGCUUUGGAUGCAUGUCUGUUUUAGCCAACUAUUUUGUGUUUAUGACUUUCUUCCCUGCCUGUGUCUCACUGGUCCUUGAGUUGUCACGUGAGAGUCAGGAAGGUCACCCGAUCUGGCAGCUAAAUGACUUCUCCAGAGUGAUGGAGGAGGAGGACAACAAACCCAAUCCUGUAACUCAGAGAGUCAAAAUGAUCAUGUCUCUUGGACUGGUGAUGGUUCAUGCCCAUAGCCGAUGGAUUUCCAAACCAUUGUCCUCAAAUACAACAGGGAGUAAUGAACAACUUGGCAUGGAGCUGGAUCAGUUAUCUCCUAGAAGAAUUGAGCCAGAAAUGCCACUGUGGCACUUCUACCUCAGCAGAAUGAUAACUAUGGACAUAGAGCAAGUGAUCUGUCUGGCCUUGGCUCUGCUGCUGGCUGUCAAGUACAUCUUCUUUGAGCAAGUGGAGAUGGAAUCUACACUGUCUCUUAGGAACCCCAUCACCAUGGCUGCUCCCAGCCCAAACCAGCAAUACAACAAGACCUGCUGCAUGAGGAAGUCUUCUGCACCCAGAUCUGCAGCCCCUGCAGCCCCCUGCAGGGAGGAGAGAGAUGAAGUUAUUCGGCCAUUUCCGGCCCCCACCAUUGACUGUCAGUCAAAGAGCUUGUUUGUCAUUGGGGAAGAAGAUGGGGAGAUGAAGUAUGACAACACUGAGCCCAGUCUGCUGCAGAAUCCCAGAGGACUUGAUGAAUGUGUGUCUAUCUUUAACAACCCUGAGCAAGGGCCAUAUCAUCUAAGUGAUGCUGAGGUGAUGCUGCUGGUUACCUCCAAACACAUUCCAGCAUACAAACUGGAGGCUUUGAUGGAGAAACCAGAGAGAGGAGUGGCGAUACGAAGACAGAUGAUCUCUGCCAAGCUUUCUUGUUCUUCUGCACUCUCCUCCCUUCCAUACAUCAACUACGACUACUCCAAGGUUAUGGGUACCUGCUGUGAGAAUGUGAUUGGUUACAUCCCAGUACCGGUUGGAGUUGCAGGACCGCUACAUCUGGAUGGAAAACAGUUCCAGGUUCCCAUGGCAACUACAGAAGGUUGCUUAGUUGCAAGCACUAACCGAGGCUGUCGUGCAAUUGCUCUGUCCGGAGGAGCCAGCAGCUGUAUCCUGGCUGAUGGCAUGACUCGUGGUCCUGUGGUCAGACUCCCAUCUGCCUGCAAGGCUGCCGAGGUCAAGGCCUGGCUGGAGAGUCCAGAUGGCUUUCAGGACAUCUCAGAGGCUUUUGACAACAGCAGCAGAUUUGCUCGGCUACAAAAAUUGCUGGUUGGUCUGGCUGGGAGAAAUCUUUACAUACGCUUCCAGUGCAGGACAGGAGAUGCUAUGGGAAUGAAUAUGAUCUCUAAGGGCACAGAAAAGGCUCUGAGCAGGCUGCAGCAGCACUUCCCUGAGCUGCAGGUAGUGGCAGUCAGUGGGAACUACUGUACAGACAAGAAACCUGCUGCUAUCAACUGGAUUGAAGGCAGGGGCAAGUCUGCUGUCUGUGAAGCUACAAUCUCUGCAAAGGUGGUCCAAGAGGUAAGAGGAGUCAGGCCUACAAGUCAGGCCUACUCUUUACACAAAACUACUAUGAAGGUUCUACUUUGCUUUCCCAUUUUAUUAUGCUUUCUUCACAUCAUGUGCAUACAGUUCAAUAAAUUAUUUUCAUUGUUUUAGUAGCAUGGUUUUAUG